GUUGAUUGAUACAAUUCAACAUUGUAUGGAGUUUGCAUCAAUCACCAAGAGUCUCUUACCAUUCGAUUUACUGGAAGAUGAUGAUUGUGAAGAUAUCAUAGAUACAACGUCAGGUUUGUAGACUUUUACACUCAUAAUUUAUUCGAUAAUGCUGCAUGGACCUGGUCCAAAUCUGCUGAUGUGGACCUUUGUGUGUGUUAUACGAAAUACAAGGAAUCUGCGCAGAAAAUUAUGAUUGUGAUAAUUUUGAACAAAUAUGACAUCUUAAAUUUUCUUUUUCUGUGCACUUCAUGUAGUAUUUCCGUUCUAAUCUUCAUUUGUUGACUCUAACUACAGCACAUUUAGAAAACCUUCCCGAAUCCCAUGAUCAGUUAUAUCGGUUACGCCAGAGGAUUGCAUGAAUACAGAACUGUAUUUGAAGGUGUUCUAAUUAACGUUUGCAUUAUAUUUCUUGAUAAUCUCCAUUUCGUUUUUACCUUCGGCUACCUGUAAAUAUGUUUUAUAUUAGCAAACGUUCCACUUGUAGUAUGCAAUCGCAAGCAUGACCGCAAAACAGCGUUGCUAUUGCUUGUUCGGAACGCGUACCUAUUUCUAUUUGAUUGGAAUUAAAGUUAGUUUAACAGUCGGAUCAGUGAAAGUAGAGCAGUCAUUGAUACUAUAUAGCAUGGAUUCUGCAAGCAAGUCUUAUUUUCCAUUUAUAAUUGUACAAUCAUGUAAAAAUCAUCUUAUGUAAAUCUAUACUACAUGUGUUUUACCUUUCAGAAGAUAAGGAUUUCUAUAGUUUCCAGCAGUUGGAUUACAUCUACUUCGUGCACUCGUUGUGCUUGCUUGGUCGUUUACUACUUUACAAAGAUUCACGUGAAUUAUUUCCAGUAGUACUACCAAAUACUGAUGGUACGUAACACUUAUCUAAUUGUUGGGUUUCGUGCAGUAGGCGUUACGUGCCAGCUAAUAUAGAGACCUUACGAUUUUAGCACGGCGACGGCCAAAACAAACUCCUUCAAAUAAAUGGUAUAGUAAAGAUAGUUCGUCGUAUAUUAUCAAUCGUAUGAAUUUAAUACAGUCUUAGAGGUUGAAGACAUGGGUUUUAUGGUUGGGAAGAGUUCUGCUAAACCCAGUUUGAAGUUGCAUUUGUUGUGGCUUGGAAUGCAGCCGUUGUGUCAACACGUGAAAAUCUGUGAUUUAGCGUUGUAAACAGAGCGAGGACAAUGUCUAAAUUAUUCAUAUAUUGUAAUUUCUCAAUUCUUUUCAAUGAUCUACUGCAGUGGUAGCCGUUGCCGUCCUAAAAUCGCAAGGUCUCUAAUGCUGUCAUUGUAAACCUCAGAAAUGUUGGUACUAAUCAACCUUGUACGCAGAGUAUGCCCGUUCUCUGGGUACGAGAUUGGGCAACUAAUAGAUAGGUAUUUUGUUUGGCUUUAUUUUUUGGCACCAAUUAAAAAAAUUCUUUGAUAAGUUAAUGGGGCUUCGGUGGCGCAGUCGUCUGUCAACGCUCUGCCGAAGGUCUUGGUUUUCUAUUAGACUAGAAUUAGAAUGUUACCCUUAUAUAUAGCUACAAUCCUGCUAUAUAUGUGUCCUGUAGCAAACUACAAAUGAACAAAACUGAAAUAGUUGUUCUAGUUCCCAUUAACCAACCUCCUCCACUUUCCCGGACUAUAACGCUUUUUUGUUUAAAGAUGUUUAGGUAACAGUGUACUACUUAUAUGAGAUAGUUUAAUCCCAAAUGUUGAAACAUUAUUUUCCAAUUUUUUAGAUACAGUGUCAACUACCGACCUGGUCGUAGCAUUCAUUGAAAUAAUGUCCGCUAAUUAUCCAAACUUUACAGGUGAGUGUUCAAAUUGUGCAGUGAGAGACUCUGCAGAAGUUUUGAUCAAGUUUCUUCAUAUAUGUUUGUGAGUGCGCAGAAAAGAGCUAACGAGGGCGAUAACAAUGGAUUUUCUGUUGAUCUUAGGAGCAUCAGGUUUAGCACAAAAGUUUUGUUAGAGGCAUAUUCUUAGUUAAAAUAUAAUAUAUAGUUUCAGGAUUUUGAGCUCUUUCCGUGCUUCUUCAAUGAAGUAUUUCCUUGGAGCCAAAUAUUAGUGAGUGGGCAUAGACAAACGACGUUUUUGUCAACGCGGACGUCGCCCAAAACAAACUGAUACAAACAGUCAUCCAGUCCCCCCUCGGCAAUCUGACGUCCGUGUUGACAAAAACGUCGCUUGUUUAAGCUCCCUAUAUAGACCUUAGAAUUGCUUACGUUGCACAUUUUUUAAUACAGACAAUUUGAGUGCAUUGUGGGUUAUUUUUGGGUCAAUAAUUCGUUGUUUGGAAAUUGCGUGACGUAAGCACUUGUAAGGUCCAUUGUUCUGCGUAAGAACGAUCUUUUUCUAAAAGGUUGGGCUCUUCACUUUUCCUCUGUAGGGUUCGCUCUUAAAGUGAGGGCAUAAUAAGGGCUGUCCUAUUCUUUAGAUUCGUAUCAUCCUGGAGAACUUGUUGUUACCGUUUUGAAAGAGAUCGCGUCAAGCACUGUUGCUAGUCAAGAACUUCUUUGUAAGGUAAGUACUUCCAGAAUUCCAAGGCGUUCUUUUAUAUGCUCGUUGCACCGACGUUUGGAAAUUGGGAGAGUGUGGCGCAAUUAACGGCGCGAUCUGGCGUUUUCAGAAAAAUAACGCUUGCUACAGAUGUUGCUUGAAGAAGAAGAAGAAAUUUAUUGAGCACUAUUAGAUUACAAAUACAUGAAUAGUUAUAUUAGGGUACAUAAACAUAUAGGUGUAGUGUUUGGGAAACAUGUAGUUUCCAUACGAUACCCAGUAAAUAAACAAAUUCGCAUAUUAUAAACGAUAGUUACGCAACUCAUUACUUUUACAUAUACUUCUUAUAAUGGGACAAUAUAGCACCACUCGAAAAUUCUAAUAAAUAACAUUAUUGCACCAUAUGCUAAUUUGUCAAGAAAUGCAAUGGUGGCAUGCAUGGAUGUAUUUUAUGGCUGAUGCCAGACACACGAACGCAGACUUAUCACUAAUCUGUCAUUACUAUGUUGUAUUUAGGACAGUGUAGCGAAUGCUUUAUUACUACCUCUUCAGACGUAUCUGGAAGGAAUGGCGGUAAGAAUAGGACGUCUGCGUUUAAAUUUGCUUUUUAAGGUCACCUUUACGUUAAGGUUACAUAAGAGGCUUAUGUCCUGCAGAUCUUGAACUGUCUUUGCCAGUGUAGGUAGUGCCAAUAAUGUAAACCAGCUUUCCGUGGCAGGGAUGCAAUUACGUGAAAAUGUUUUGGAAAAUUUCGAUGUUUCGAGCGAAGGCCCUUCGUCCGACUAGUAACUCCGGACGAAGGUCCUUCGCUGGAAACGUCGUGGUUCUCCUUAUAUUUUUCAGUAUAGUUGAGAUGGGGAGCGUUUACUGAAGAACAUGCUUAAUAGAGAGGGAAAUUUCACGUAAAAUUAACAAGCCAGUACGCUAGAAACUGAUCUGAAUUUUCAAGAAAACGGAAAACAAGAAUCUUUACACAAGUCAUGUUUUCCCUGAAGGAGAGGGCUUGGAAAGAGGAAGGAGGGUGUUAAGUUUCUUACUCCAAACGUGGGACUUGUUAGAUAGGGGAGUGUAAAAAGAGGAUUUGUGGAAAAAUAUAUAUAAUUUUAUAAUCAGUAGUGGACUUCCCGAAAUAAUGGGAGAGUGACUUAGGUUGCCAACAUAAGACAACCUUUCGUAUAGCUUCAGAAAUGAUUGGCGGACCUGUCCCUCCCGACCCUAGUGUCCACCACUGUUUACAGUAUUGUUCGUUCUCUGCUAAUUAGGACGAUGAAGAGUCUGCCGACUUGGAAAAGAAUACUCUUGUUUUUGUUGCUGAUGUUCUUGCGUGCUUGGCGGCGUCAGAUUGCGGGAGGCGGCUUCUUUUGUACGGUGAAAAACAUGAAAGAUGGCAACGAAAUAGGUACGUACAACGGGUACGCAGCUUGCUGCUCUUUACCACUGAAAUUAACUUUGCUACUGAACUUCACGUGAAGGGUAUUUUUACUUACGAUAGGUGACAUCUUGUGCUUAAACAUAUUAAUGUAAGUAGAGUAGAGUUGUGGUUGGGUAUCUCGUCUUCUUCCAAUGUUUGUCUGGUCUUGCGUAUAUUCCUCCCUUACGUAUAGUUACGUUUCCACCUUAGCUUAGUCCUGUGAUCUGAUAAUGAUCAUAUAUGGUGGCGAUCAGAGGUGCUAACUAUGUAAUUAAACUAACGGAACUAAAUAUUACAAAACACGUCUGCUUGUGCGUUAGUAUAAUAAUAUAUAUGAUAUGCAACCAUAUUAAUCAUGUGUACUAUAUAUUCCCCGAUUCAAUUUUUGUCGGACCAUGUCAAGGUGAUUGAUGUAACACAGUGUGGAUAUAUUUCUACAGUCAAUUAAUACUGACUUGCAUAUUUAACACAAAAGACAGAUAAAUAUUCCAAAUCGCGUCCAUGACUUGGUCACAAUAGCCGCGUCCGAAAUAUUUCGAUUGAUGAUUUUUACCCGUUUAUAUUUCUUCAGGUUUGCACCAGCUCAUGUUAUUAUUGAAUUCACGAAGAAAGCUCUUACUGGUCAGUUACCUGGCAAAGUGACAUUACCUCAUACAUCAGUCAGUGCGCUUGUGUUUGUGUGUAGACAGCUGUACAAUGGAUGUGAAGGACUGCUAGUUACCAGUCAUUAUGGCUUGCAUCAGUGUAUUGCUGAUACAUGGAGAUCGGUAUGUGUAUAGGAGUUGUUUUAUUUGGCGAUUAUUAGAGACUUUUAGCAUAGAGGUUUGGGGUAUAAUAUACUAUAUGUCGUGUUCUUGGCAUCCGCUUAUGGCAAUGCAGUUUCAAAACGAGGAAAUGGUUCUGGCGAUAUGUGAACUGCCUAAAAGAAAUUUCUUCCCAUUCAUUCUUGACGCAUAUUGGUGAUGCAUGGCAGUCUGUAUGAGUAUAGGAGUUUGUUUAGUAUUAUUUAUUAGAUGAGGUUAGACAUGAUAUGUCAAAAUUUGUCAAGGCCGAAGUUGAAACGUAUCGGACUCAUCGAACGUACAAAGAUGAAUGGUUAUGUUUAUGGAGUAUAAGCUGGUUUAGCUGAGAAAGUAUAUGACCAUCUUUUGUUGCUGUUUUGCCUUAAAUUUAUACAAUAUAUAGUUUAAUUUGUAGCCUACCACACUGCUUUCAUGGUUGAAAAAUUAUCUUUUCAGCUUUGUUAUACACGUGCAGUUAUUCAGCUAUCAUUUAAAGGUUAUUUGAAACAAAUGUGGGGGGGGGGGGGCGUAGCGGUUUCCCCCUGGCCCCCAUAGUGUCUGCCAACUGAUCAAUGCUUUUACUUACAAUCAUUAACACUCAUUAUUAUAAUUGUAUAAUUGAAUUAAACAAAUGCAUUUAAUUAGAUCGUACAUAACUUCAUUUUGUAGUCAUCUAGAGCACAUAUUUUCUUGCUACCAUCUCAAGCACGCCCAGUGACGUCAUAGUUCAAAAUACGAAAUGUUUUCAUCUAUUUUUUCAUUUAGACAGAUAGUGGUUACUGUUCAGUCGAAGAUGACAUUGACGAUGAAAGUCGGUAAGCACAUUUCAGAAGAUCUGAAAUGAAAUUAAAACACUGCGCGUCCUAUUUCGUGCACUUUAAUUGGAUAAUUAAAGAUAAGACUCGACAUUGGAUGAGACUCGCUACCAAUCUCCGUUGACUCGAUAGCUCAUUGGGUAGAGCGGCGGUCAAGAAACACGAAGAUUCAAGUUCAAACCCCCCUCGAGACAACGAACUGCAGUGUCAGAAUAAUAUGAAACUAGUUUUUCAUAUCUCUGAGGAUGGUUCUGAAAUUGUUUUGUUUCCAACAUGUAUGGACAGUAUUUAUUGAGGCGAGCAUUCGUUAACGAGUUUCAUUUCGUAUUGCCUGAAUUACUGUUCCUUUCCUCUAGGUUUAUACUACCAACAUGCCUCAUAGACAAUCUCCUCAAUUUUGCUGGGACACCAAAAGUAUGUAUUUGGUACUGGGUUUUUAUAAGUCUUAUCGUAGUGAAAUAAAGACUUUUAUUAUUAUUAUUAUUAUUAUUAUUAUUAUUAUUAUUAUUAUUAUAUUCAAAACGUCUGGCGAUAGACAUUGUGAAAUCGAUUUUGGCACGUCAUAAAUGAUUUUUGCAUGUGAUAAGUGAUGCCACUAUAAAGGGAAAAAGUCGCUUCUUGCAAAAACGUUUGCUAGGUGUAAAACCGGCUUAACUGAAUAUAUCUUGCUGCUUGCUUUAUACAGGGUGUGUUGUUGUUACAACAGUCUGGUGCAAUGAGUGAAUGUGUUUCUUAUAUGUACGAAAGAUAUAAGAAGAAAUUACAGGUAUUGUUCCUCUUGAUGGUGCCUGACAUUGUCUUCAUAUUUGUUCGCUUAUUUUUUUGUUCGCUAUGGAUAUUUUUGACCUGCAUAUUUUUGUCUGUAACUUAGUUAUUCUUGUUUGGUUUUAUUUUUGCCUGGAUUCGUCUUGUUUGCUACUGUAGUUUGUUUUAUGUUAGUUUGUUUUCUUGUUGGUUUGUUUUGUCUCUGCAUGCACUAUCUGUUAAAGUGCCACUAACCCCAAGUAUGAUUUUCAGUUUGUGUAAUAUUUGGGUCAUCGUAAGAAGAAAAUUUAAUGUAUCUUAAUAUAUGUUUACAGUAAAAAACCUAAUCUUCAUCAAUAUUUUCACUGUAGAAGUUGCCGGAUAUGUAAAUUAGUUUGCCUUCGUUUUUUGCUCCAAAAUUCAUCUAAUGACAUCAUGUCCGGAAACAAUGAGAACGAAAAUAUUAUCAAAAUGACAGUUUUAACCAUAAACCAUGGCCUAUCGAAGGGGAGAUGGCUGUGAAACUCAUUAGAAUAACAAUAUAACUCAGUAUCUAUGUUAGUCAACGUUUAUUCAUAAAUCUGGUCCUUUCACCGUCACGUGUGUAUUAUAUUUUUACCAAAUCCACCAAUAGCAAUUUCUAGUUUCCCUAUUGUUCUAGUCACCGAUAGGUGACUUUCCUAAAACAUUGCUAUUGGUUAGUUGGGUAAAAAUACAAUACACACGUGACGGUGAAGGACCAGAUUUAUGAAUAAACGUUGAUCAACAUAGAUAAUGAGUUAUAUUGUUAUUCUAAUGAGUUUCACAGCCAUCUCCCCUUCGAUAGGCCCUGCAUAAACUUAUAUUACAUUUCUUCUUAGACACAUACCAAAAAUCACCUUUGAGGUUUGAGCUAGCAUUCUUCCUCUACAUUAUGCGUUUAAUAUAACAAACGAGGCAAACGCUCCAAUAUUCAAUUUAACAAAUUGGGGCAAACGCACCAAUAUUCUCAAGGCACUGAAACUAUAAUGUCCUACCUUAUACGGAAGAAAAUCCGCUCAAUCACAUGCGUCCAGAAGAAAAUGAAUUAGGAAAACAAGAGCUGAAAACAUUCAUGAUGCAUAUAUAAUUAUAAGAUUUGCUUACUAUCAUAUAUCUUUGGCAUAUCAGUUUUUGUGUACAACCAAAUCUUUUGGUAGUUAUAAAGUAUUAUAAGUUGAUAUAUUGUAAAUAGAAAUUGGUUAAUUUGAUGAUAUUUUGGUUACAAAGUCGCAAUAUACCGAUGCUUUUCUUCUGUAUUAAUUUUAUUAACUGUCGGCUGGUUAUGCUCAAGCUUUAUUGUAAAACUGAAGUAAAAAGUUAUAUUACUGCAUUUGUCUAAUUAUAUUAAUUAUUAAACAUACUAAUUAUUCUUAAUGUUCGAUUUUUCAGGUGAGCAAAUGUGAGAAGUUUGGCUACGGCGUAAUGGUCACGCAGAUUGCUGCUACUUGUCCUGGUGCUGUAUCUUUAGAGACGUCAGGUAAUAUACAUACAUACAAUUUGUUAUGAACUGUUUCGCACAUUGUACAUGCUGCUUUCACCUAUUCUAGCGUCUAAAUAAAUAAAAUCAUCUUUAGUUGGCUUUUGUGUUGUUCGACUUCAGCAAGACUAAAAUCCGUCAUGUUUGGCCGACACGUUUUUGCUCGAGCACUUCCUCCUAAAGGCCCGUUUUUAGGUGCGAUUUUCUUCUUCUGAUGGAUGUGAACGGGUGGAUGAGUUAUGAAUGUUCAGACACAGAAUAGAUACCGGACCAGAAGUGUCACUCCUAUGUGUUUUGGCUGAAGGAAAACGUCCGAAUUUUGUUUGUGUGCUAUGACGCCAUCCUGGAGUGCACCCGGCACUUUGUACCUAUGUUUUCCUAUGAAAAACUUCCGUGUGCACUCCAGGAUGGCGUCAUAUGAUGGCGUAUUUUCACGUCAGCACUCAUAAAAUUUCGGACAAAAUAUCAUCUGAGUGACACUUCUGGUCCUGUAUCUAUUCUGUGGUUCAGAUGAGGGUACACUUACUCAGAACAUUCAUUACUCAUCUAUAGCGACGUUUUAGACAAUACAUACACCAACCGGAAGUCAAUCGAGCCGUUAUAGAUUAUAGAUAGCGACUGAUGGCGUCAGUAGUUCUUGCUUGGAAUCAGGGCCGUCAAUGUAGUUUCACGUUUGUGAUUUCAAACAAAAACGGCUGUCGCCAUCAUUCGCCAUUUAUAACGGCUCCAUAUCACAGAAUAGAGACAAACUGAUGAUCGACUUCUUGCUGACGCCAUAGUCCUAGCCAGUGCGCUUAUGAGAGGCAUUCACCCCCUGAUAAUAUUCAAAAUGGCAGACGUCCAGGGGGGAAUACCUCUUAUAAGCGCACUGGCUAGGACCAUGGCGUCAGCAUUUUGAUGACGAAUCAUUGCGAAUCAUGGCGUGGCAGCGCGGUUGCGCUUUUUUGGCUGAGUCGACCUUCUGUCUGUCUUUAUUCUCUGUCCAUAUAUUGUCUUCCGUUGGCGCACGUGUUGUCAAAAGCGUGGCGUGCUUAAGCUGUCUUUUAUCGUGGUUAUAGUAAACCGCAUGACGACAAAUAAUCCAAUCACAUUAAGCGCUAAAUGCUAGCUAGCGUUUUACUUAAGCCAUUUAAAACACUCGCAGUUUAUGCUUUAUCAGAUAUAAAACACUCGUGUUGCGCACUCGUGUUUUAUAUCUGGUAAAGCACUCCUGCUCGUGUUGAAAAAACUACAUAAAAAGUUCAUUAUAUAAUCGAUCAAGUCAAAAACUCGUACUUGCAUGGUCAUUAUAGUCAUCAUUAAGGAAUAUUUACGUUAAAUUUUUAAUAAUUUUAGGAUUCGUGAGCAGUCUUCUGCAUGACUUGUGGUUUUGUUUGGAGGGAGGAGAGGAUGAUAAUAAAAUAUUGUCGCCCAGAAUCAAAGAGAAUGGUAUAGAGAAAACACUACACAAGGUGAUUUAGUUUGUUUUCAUUUUACUUCUCAGUUUAUUUUAUUAUUUAUGUUAAUUAUUUUACUGAUUUUUUUUCUAUAUUCAUGUGAACGAAAAGUCUAUUCAAUUGAUAUCAUGUCGGUUUAACAUAUCGUUUAUCAUUUUAGGUCAUGUUAAAUUUGCUGAACAUCCUAUCUUCAUUUCCAGCGGUUUACGAACUAAUUGUGAAUCAACCUUUGUCAAGUACAUCACCAGAACUGCGUGAAGACAAUGUAUCCACCAGCAUUAACAGAUAUCCAUAUCCAACAACCAUUGUGGUAUGUUAAGACAUGUCCUAAGCAAUCUAUGGGAACAGUAACUUCUCACGUUCAAAUGAAAUCGAAUGGGGAACAGGGCACGAGAAAAUAAAUUUCUUCCUGCAUGGGAGCAAAACUUGGAGAUAGAAAUUUCUUGCAGACCCUAUGGGUAUUUUGUGCUAAAUCUUUACCUAAACAUAGUCACCUAGUUGACCCGGCUUUUAAAUUCAGGGAAAGAUGUCUGUCAACCAUAAGCUGUUGGGCCCAUAGCGGAAGAUACGUGUUAGGAUUUCCUUCAAAUUUUCAAGUUGCAUGCAAAUCUGGACAUUGUAAAUGGAACGUUGAGGCUGACCCAGCCAUGCACGAAUGAUCAUGUCUCAUGAGUGGUGAGAUCCCUAGUAUUGAACUUUAAAACAAGCCUUCGAUUUCCAGUUUGGAUAUUCAGAAAUUAAUGUUCAGCAAUUAUGUUCUUUGACACCACUUGGACACCAAUUAACUUGUACUUGCAAGUGCUUUGCAUUGAGGUGCGUGUCGUAAUUAUAUGUUCCACAAGUUGCGACUAUGUUUUACCUUUUUAAAUGACAUUUAAUAAUUACACUGUAGUUGAAGAAUGGGUUUGAUUUGUAUAUUCACUAGUUCAUAGAAAUUUACGGGGAAAUGCAGCAGUUGUCCCUAUACAUAAGGUGAUGACGGCAUCUUACAGUAUUUAAAACUCACCUUUGAUUACAGGAGAUAAUUGAACGGUUGGCAUUGAUUGAUUCUGAAGAUAAAGUCAGGCUGUUGCUAAAUUUCGAAGAAGCGCACUUAUUUGGAUUAAGGUCAGUGUUGUUAAACAUUCGUAACACCCGCAUAUAUGUAUAACGUUUGAGCAUCAGGGUCUAUAGGUCGGCCACAUGAUCAUAUAAUACAUGUACAUUCUCACUUUGGUUGUUGUCAUCAUCUUUCCCUGACAUGGAGUGCCAGCUAUUAAUUUCUCUAUUCUUGGGUUUCAAUUACGUGACAAUUUUACUUAAGUGCAUGGGGAUCAACCGUGGAACUGGGCUCAACUAAAACAACAAAGAAACAAAAUGCUGCAUGUCAACGUAUUUUAUGUAAAUGAGUUCUACCAUUAUAAAAGCCAAUAUAAAACAAUAUAAAAGCCGUCCUUUACUCUUGACACAGGCACUUGGCCUCCCACUUAAAUGGAUGUGACGUCAAAUGAAACCCGGGAAUAUUAAAGGUGCCACAUUUUUGUACGUUCAACCUCCACUCUGCUUGCUUACGCCAACAAAAUAAGAUUUGAAAUUUAGUCAGUGCAUGGAUGGUUAUAAAGUUAUACCUAGUAGUCAAGAUCAAAGAAUACAAUAACUUGUUCAGAUAUAAAGUCCAUGCACAACUAGUCAAUCCAUGAAAUUGGCACCGUUAACAAAAAUGGAGCCUGCGAUACAUGAACCUGGCACUCAUUGUUUACAUAAUGGACGAACAGCAAUAUAAUUUAUGUUAACUCAGAACCUCAGUAUAUACUGUACGUUUACAUCUUGUCAUGUUUGGAGUCGUUUUACUCAACAGUCCUCUCGUUUCCAGAUUACUAAAUGUGAUGUGUUCCUCACUGGAUACCUUCCUGCUUCUACAAACUCAGUAUAAUAUCCAGGAAGCUCUACUGCAACUUCAAGCCAAGAGCAUGCUGCCUAGCAGGUUUGCCGUGUAGUGUAGACCAUGCAUGCAGUGUAGACUGUCGCGUAACCAAGCACAACUUGUAACGACCUGUCUGCAGUAGAUUUGUACCAAUGCUACAGUAUUUCAAAACCUUGUCAUCCCGAUGUGUUCGCACUGCUUGUAAUUCCCAGCUGUUAACUAGUCAUCUCAAACUCAUUAAUAAGUCAUGAGUAAAUUAGCCAACCAUAUUGCUUUAUGUUGCUCACAUGAUAAUACUGGAUACCUGAUAUAUUGCGCGGACUUGAAAUCUAGUCCAGUCCUCAUAGUCGGAUUUCAAUUAUUACGUAAAAGGCUUGUCGAGUUGUUGACGAAGAUUUGGACAAUGCGACAUUUUAUCUUAUAGAUUAUAUCUAACCUAUAGAAGGAAUUUUACAAAAGCUAGCAAUAUCAAUAUUUUAUACAAGAUAAAAUAGAAUUUUCAAAGUGUUAUAACGAAAGGUUUCCUCAGUAGUAAAGUAAAUGACAAUCGUUUCCCCGUUUUGUUAUAAAAUUUAUUUAGUUGUUUCUUCUUUCUUCGUAGUUCGCAGUACGUCAUAGAUGCAUGUUCAAUGGAGCGCAAUCAUGUCCUUGUGAGAACGUAUUUUGUUGGUGGACCAACUGAGAGAAACCUACCACCAAGAACUUUAUCCAAUGUAAGUAUAUCCCAUUCGAUUCCUCCCUUUUUUUUGCAUGUUUCGACAUGAGUAGUGUAUAUUUUACCUUGUCAUUCGAAAAGCUUAUUCUGUUUAAUCAUAGGCUACGGAAAACUUUCGAUAGCGGUGGGAAAACCAUAUCGGAUAGGCUUACCGUUUAUAUUAAGAACCUUAUUUUCGGAGUGAUUGGCCAUAUUUAUAUUAGAAGACAUCUUAGACGACUAGCUGAAUUAAACGUCUUGUGUUGCAGCAGUGCAUAUUAAGCAGUGCGACUAAUAUGACAAGAGUUCGCUCGAGUUUGACCGCAAAUUCUCAUCAACUCUCACCAACUUUGAGCUGGUUCAAAUUUUGAUGAGAGCUGACAAGAGUUUUCGCUACCCGCGCGGUGAUAUCCAGUCAACUCUCAUCAACUCUUGUUCUUGUUUUACCGGGACAUAAGAGUUGCAGUGAAAACUCUCAUGCAAACUCUCGCUUGCAUGCCAACAAUCAUCCUCAACUUCUCGUUUGACCAGUGCUUAAGAGAGUAUAGGGCUUGGGAUUGAUAGGCUUAGACUGAAUGUCAUUUAAGAUGUCACCAGCAGAAAGAUUUUAUUUUUAUAGACCUUUUUCAUAAUGACGUCAAAUGCGGAUAAAACACUUCAUGCGAUGUCCCAUGGGACAAUUUUUAGCGAAGCAAACGAUGUUACAUGAAAUUCGAUUGGCUUGGUAACGAUUUGCACAAGCUUGCAAUUAGCCUUUCUUACACCGCCAUUUUUGGAUGGCUUUUCAGCCGAAGUCUGCGAGAUAAGUCCACAUAUAACAGCGACUUUUUAUAUUUUUUUGGACGAAUGAUGGUAAAUCUGCUUUGUAAAUGGUUAGUUUAUUUUGAAAUAUUGCUUUUCACAUUGUUUUAAUUGUCUGCAUUGGUUAACGAGAAUUAGAUGCCACCCAAAAAUGGCGGAUAUUCGUCAUCGUGAGAAAGGCUAAUUGAGGCUCUUUACUUUCGCUUGCCUCCCCAAAAAGCGGAAGUAAAGAGCAUGGCAUGCGAGGUAGCAAUUACAUUGCAUUGUUAAAAAUUGUCGCUUGGGACAUCACAUCAUGUUUAUCCGCGUGUGACGUCAUUAUGAAAAAGGUCUAUUACGUAUAUCUCCUAUUAAUUAACCUUGUGAGAGACCAAGUCUGACUUCUUUAUGUUCUAAGGACUCUAACGAAGCAAACAUUGUACCAAUAUUUUCAACAUAUCCUCCACCAUCAAAACCAUACCUCCACUGUGACUCAACUGUGAAGCCAAACGUUCCAGGUAAGUGAACAUGUAAGCUAGCUUUCGCUAACCUUACAUUAAUGCUGAACAUGGGAUUUCUUACGUAAAACAAACGGGAGCUUGGAGAAUUAUGUUCAAAAGCGGGCCCAGUCGUUUACUGUACCUGGAAUUGUUUUUGUCUUAAAACAGAUCCAUUCCCACAUGGUUACCCAGGUACUAAGGUUGGACCAUUCCCACAUGGUUACCCAGGUACUAAGGUAGGACCAUUCCCACAUGGUUACCCAGGUACUAAGGUUGGACCAUUCCCACAUGGUUACCCAGGUACUAAGGUUGGACCAUUCCCACAUGGUUACCCAGGUACUAAGGUUGGAUCAUUCCCACAUGGUUACCCAGGUACUAAGGUUGGACCAUUCCCACAUGGUUACCCAGGUACUAAGGUUGGACCAUUCCCACAUGGUUACCCAGGUACUAAGGUUGGAUCAUUCCCACAUGGUUACCCAGGUACUAAGGUUGGAUCAUUCCCACAUGGUUACCCAGGUACUAAGGUUGGACCAUUCCCACAUGGUUACCCAGGUACUAAGGUUGGAUCAUUCCCACAUGGUUACCCAGGCACUAAGGUUGGACCAUUCCCACAUGGUUACCCAGGUACUAAGGUUGGACCUAAGGUUGGACCACUGAAGUAUUCCUGUUUCUGUCAUUUCUGCAUUUAUAAAAUACGUGAUAAAAUAAAAAGUAGUAUGUAUAAUCUAAUAGAACAUGGCAACACAGUAUCUUGUAUCUUGGGUAAUUCUGUUUACAGCCUGUAGUAUAGUAUCACUGCAUGACAACACUGUUCCGGUUACAACUGUUUACCGCGUGUAAGCCUUUCGACCAGUCCCAGGUGAAUUGAUACUAGAAUACGGAUUUCCAUCCAAAACUGGAAACACGUCUGAGACGAAAAAAUCGUCCUGAUAUAAAUUCGGUAAACGACAGGUUUUCCAAUUCAACUACGUCUAUACCCGUUUGAACGACGGAAACGUUAGACGAGUUUUCGUCUUAUAGCCGGGAAACUGUCUUAGGUUGACAGAUAUUGAACGAUAGGGUUUUUUUCUCUUACACUGCAUAAUGGUACAUAAAUAUUUCUAGACGAUGAUUUAUGUCAACAUCUUGAAAGCAAAGAACCACACAGGUAUAGCUAUAACCGUUCAAAUUUUUUGCUGCAAAAUUUAGUUCUUCAAAUUUCUAGUCGUAUAUAAUUUAAGUAAGGUAUUUUUCAGAAAUGCCCUCAGUAUUCCAUUUUUGAGGACUGCCUUACCAUGUUAAUCCAUGUUAAACCUAGAAUUAAUGCUUUGUUGUAUAUAUUCCAGCUGUGCUGCAAAGGCAUUGUAAUAUUUUAAAAUAGUAUUUCUUAUUAUACAGUGGGGAAUGGUUGGGGAAAUGCCGUAACUUGGUCGUAAGUGCAGUCACCUCAUCUCAGACAAGGUUGAAAGGCAAAGGUAGAGUUCAAGUGUUUACUGUGACAUGUUUACAAUCCUAGCUAGCUUGUUUGUUUUUUUAUCUUUAAAAUUGUCUUCUUCUAGAUUAUAAAUUAUUUCCCAAAUAACGAAGGUUUAUGAGUGUAAUAAAGUCAAUAUUUUCAUGAGGUUGGAACUAUUCCAUUCGACAAGGCGACAGCCAGAAUAUUCCAUCUUUCACCGAGUGAAAAUAUUCAUGAUGAAUGAAGAUAUUUAUUAUCAAUGAAGAUAUUCAUUAUGAAUGAAAGAAUAAAAGCAUACAUUACUUGUUUUAUAUAACACCAAAAUACAGUAUAUAAUUGUUUUGAAUGAUUCAUUGAAUCCAUAAAAGAAAUACCUACCCAAAAGAUUGAAUUUACAGGUAAACUACGUCAAGCGCUCCAGACUCUUUUGAGUUUUUAAAUUUAUUGCAUUUUUCUUCAUUACCUUUGAAAUUUAAAAAAUUCCCUUAAAGGAAUUUGCAAUGUUGCUACCUCCGUUCCUGUAAACCUGUUAGAAGUUCUUAACUUCUUGUUACAAGUUUCUAACUUCCUGUUCUGUUCUGUUCUGUUCUGUUCUGUUCUGCGCGUUGCAAUUGGCUAACGAAAAUAAUCCACCAAUGACAACGCUCAGAACAGAAAAGGAAGUCAGAAAAACAGGAAGCUAGGAGAAUUGAAAAUGAAGUUUUUUGCAUUGGAAUAUUGCAACAGCCGAUAGGAACAUUGCAAAUUCCCUCAAGGGUUUGCAAAGAGUUUUCCAAAUUUGCAAACCUAAUGAGGAAAAUUCCAAAUGAGUUAGGAAGUCAAAAGAGGGACGCUUCACGUAGUUUACCGGUAAUGCAAUCCGCGAAACCAUGCAUUGAAAAGGAAUGUAUAUUAAUAGUACAGUCGAAGACUUGGUCGUGCAAUGUUGCACGGUCGUGCAAUGUUGGACGGUUAGCGAAAUAGCAACUUUAAGAUAAUACGUCAUCAUAAUCAGGCAAUUAUGGUGCUAUAUAAAAUCACAGUGAUAAAAUCUUGCGAACUUUCAAAUGAUAUAUAACAUUUAAAUUAAUAAAGCGUGUUGUCCUUGUUCGAUUAUACCGCUUCUUCCUUUAAUAAUGAAAUGUAAUGCGGUGACCUGUACAUGUAGCUACUACGAUGACCUUUAUACAGGGAACAUACCAAUUUGAUAACUAUAUAGAUGCCUUACGAGUUAUGGCUUAUUUUUAGUGCUUGUUGAGUUAUUGGAGCAACUUGUAGAGGUUCAUUCCAAUAAUGCAGAAGAAGCUAUAUUUCCUCUUAUCGACUUUUCAGGUACUGUAAAUCUAAAUGUAAACUAUCUACAAUUACAGCAGAAAUCGUACAGUUUUAUUAUUAUGCAUUCAAACUCUUUGCCUAAUUGUCAAAACUUUACAGCUAAUUCUCAAUGUCGAUCGAGAAGCGGUUAUCUCUAAGCAUUGAACUCUGCUGUACUAUGCACGAUAGAGUAAUGCUUGCCUAUGCGCUAUGCCGCUAUACAGCCCACGUUUGUCAGUUGGCAACAUGAGUAACGGUUUAUUUGGCAACUCCGACUAGUGCAGACGUUGACGCAGAAACUCGAAUUAACUUAUAUAAAGCAUUUUUGCUUAUAUUUUGGUUGCUGUGCGUUACACGGGAAAAAUACCUGUACAGUACAACUGACUAAUCAUACGAUUUCGUUUGAAAGCCGUAUUGUGAUUGGGUGAAACAUUGGCUACUUCUUUGCAUAAGUAAUUACCAAACCAUCAUGUUCAGAAUUUCGCAGGCGCUGUGGAAUUUGUGCGUGACCUUCCCAUGAUGCAGCGAGAGCCUGUUGAGGAGGCAAUAUAGAUAGUGAGCUUUUCAUCCUCAUUUUCGGCACGCUUUCUUCGCUUUCGACUGGCGUUAACUUUAGGAAUUUGAUGUUUAUCGUGUCUUUAAUUUUUAGGCAGUGAAACAAUCCUGAAAGGCGUUGAACUUUCACAGCAGCAGCUUCUGGGUGUUAAAAUGUCCAUUCGUUAUGGCAGUCACUUGAAGUUGUUUCAAUCAAAUGCAGAAAACAACAAUAACCUGGUUCUUCUUUUGAAAAAAGUUAAAUGUUUUCUACAAGGACAACAACACAGAGCAUCCGAAUCUGCCAUGAGUAUCCUCUUAAUUGUACAGUACAAUUUGUCGAAAUGUCACCGAACAUUUUGUGUCUUCACUGUCGUGUUUGAUUUUUUAGCAACUCUUAUCUUCACUUUACAAAGUGUUGUUUUUCGAUGUAUGUUAGGUGUUUCGACGGACUUUCGACAGGAUUCUAGACGAAGGAUAUACGUGGAAAUUAUUAAGCGAAAGCUUAUUGUGAGCAAGUAAUUAGAGAACAAGAGAAAGCGGUCCUUAUGACGUUAUGCCAAAAUGCGCUUCUUUUAAUUUGUUGCAAACAUCCAUUUCAAAAGUUUGGAGAAUGUUUGAGUUUAUGACCUAAAAUACGUUACCGGUUUAUGAGACGAAAAUAAAAUAAUUCUAUGCAAAUCUAUAAGCGUAUUCUAUAAAAACACUCCGUUAGACAUUUCCUAGUUAACCUAGAAAUAACCGUACUUGGGCUAACUUAGUAUUCCUGGUUAAAUUUCCUGGUUCACCUUUCUCUCACUAUAGUCUAGUUAAUUUGACCAGGACGUCCUAGUUAAAUUAACCCAACUAUGCUAGAUCAAUAUCCAGGGAACACUGGUUAUAUCUAACAAGGUCGUCCUGGUCAAAUGUAACUACAUUCCUGGUCGCAUUAACCAAACAAAGAAUGAAACUGACAACCAAAAUUAAGCGGAAACCUAAGCAUGUAAGCCAAGAUUAUUUCUAUACAAUUUAUAUUUUCACUGUUCAGUAUGCAUGCGGUGUACAUCAAAUGUUAUCAUCUUUAUAAUUCUUAACUCCCAGGGCAGAUUUUCUAAAUGAUUAUUAUCCUGGAUAUGACUGGUUUGCGUCGACCGUUUUCUUGAUCAUGGCUGGUGACGGCGAGAAAUCCUGGAAUUUCCUCUUUAAGUUUUCUUGUCUAGUUUCUUCCGUCUAUCUUUGGACUCCAAGACUUCAUGCAUCCGUAUGUAUUACCCUCCAGUUUUUACUUCAAACCUUCCUUUUCUAAUAUUAUGCAACACAUGAGGAAGUUAUUUGUUGAAAUUUCUACUGAACCAGAGAGGAGGCGAGUUUUUAAAUUUCUUGCAAUAUAUAACUUAAUCUGUAGCCUUAAUCUGUAACCUACUAUAAAAUAAUUGUCCCUGUAACUCUUUUACACAGUUGUUCAAGUAAUAUAUGAACAACGAGAACGAGUGUUUCACCAGGAUAUCCAAACACGAGAAAACAAUGUAUGAAAACACGAGCGCGAAGCGAGAGUGUUUUCAUACAUUGUUUUCGAGUGUUUGUAUAUCCCGCGGUGAGACACGAGCUCGAGUUGUUUAUAUGGCUUCUCAAAUGAAUCGAGACGUAACAGAAUAUUUUCGUUUGCUGAUUUGAAUAGAAUUCUUAACCAAGCAUAACGUAAUUAGGAAUUCUACUCAAGUAAUUUUGCAUGCGUAAUUAAGAUAUUUGAUGAAAACACUAAUGACUUUCAUCAAGUUUUACCGGGUUAUCCAAAUGGCAUCUUGUGAUCAAAUAGGUGAUUAUCAUUGGCUGAAUUGCUCAUGAAUUAUUAAUGAAUUUGAGAAGUAUCAAUCAAAGGUUUUCGAAAAUGAUUUGGGGGGGGGGGGGCGUUCCCCUUGCCCCUCUUUGGCAUCCCCUAGUGUCCGCCACUGCAUGCACAGAACUUGUUGCGUCCAGAACGCUCGUUUUAUUGCAUAUCAAGCCAGGCGACCUUAAAUCUCGAGAAUGAAAGCAGUUAUGUAGAAAACUGUAAGUAUAGGUUAUCAUAUGAGGGGCGAGGUCAGGAGAUAUCAGUUUUAUCGCCUUAGUGACGAUAUCAUAAAUGUCAUGAGUGAGCGCAGAGAACGAGGGACAUUUAUGAUAUCGUCCUGAAAGCGAUAAAACUGAUACUUGCAAUUUUUAUGUAACUCCUUUCAUGUUCGUCUUAACAACAACGUCAAGAAUGUACACUGUACAUUCGUGUUGCAUUGUCGCAUGCCUUAUGAAUCUGUAGGUUUUCAAUUUUAACCGAACGUCCACAAGGAGAAAGUCUUUUUGCACAUAGUCAAGAGAAUUUAGUUGCCCAUAUAUACCAAAUCAAUAAUUUCAUCGAACAUCGUUAACGCCAUGGUAUCUAUUCUAAGGUACAUCUUCCAACCCCAUUGAUGGUCAGCGGUAUUUCUCCAAUAUAUUCAUCCGUUUGUCAUAACAUUGAAUUGGUGCUGCAGGUAUGAAAUAUAUACCGUAAUCCAUCUAUUAAGGCCCCUCUCAAAUACGCCCCCGUUUCAAAUAAGCCCCAUCAAAUAAGCUUUUUAAGUGAAGAAAUUUACUAAGCCCACCUCUCUAUCCAGCUCUCCUGCUCUAUUAAGCCUAUAUUCAAACACACGUGUUUAUACAUUGUAUAUUGCUUGAAAAAAUAUAUUAUGUUUAUAUGUUACGAAUAAAUAAAUAAGUCCCCCUCUCUUUUAAUUAAGCCCCUCCCCCAACCAAUACGGCCCCCUAAAAGGUGCCUGAAAAAGAUGAGCCGCCGGGGCUUGAAGAAAGAUUACGGUACUUAAAUAUUGUUUUUCAUUUCGAUAUUUAUUUGGUUCUAAGCAGGCACAGCUUUCUUAUAUAUUGAUGAAGUUAUAUAUUGAGGUCCUAUUAUAUCAGCACUCAUUUUUUACCAACAAUGACCAACGAGCGAAGAAGAUUAUCAGCCAACAUGCGUUAAGAUAAUUUGAUUAAGGAUCAACCUUUCUAAAUUCAUCAGAUAUGCCUCGGGAUUUCACAUAACUAGCGAGUACAACCCUAAAACACGAAGUAAUAAUCUCAUCUAUACUUAUCUACUAGGCGGAAGUGCCACUGGUGUUUUCAGCUUUCAGAAUUUCAGGCUACACGCCUUCUCAGGUAUAUGUUAUAUAUAGAAUUUCAUAAGUUUGAACAAAACUGUACAGGGUGUGCUAAAAAUGCAAUAGCUGUGUUCCAGAUUUUUACACAGCCAAUUAUUAGUGGACAUCGAAAAUUCAAUUGACAUUAAGAUUAUUGAAAUUAAUGUUAUGACUGUUUAAAGUAACGGCUCAUCAAACCUACUGAUUCAUAGCACGACUGGUGCAUGGUUUCAGUGGUCCAUUGAGUGAACCAGACAGCCAUAACAGUGGUUCUAUCUACUAGUCUUAUUUUAAUGAUCUUAGUGUCAAUGUCAUCUCUUAGGUUGAAUUUUCGAUGCCUACUAAUAAUUAUAGCUGAGUAAAAAAAAUCUGGAGCACAGCUACUGCAUUUUUUGGGACAUCUUGUAUAUGUAUAUAUUAACGGCUUAUUGACCGGGCGUGAGGUCUGAACAGACCGAACAAGCGAGGUCAAUAAUCGGUUUAUUAUAUGGCCGAACUGAGUCUGUGAGCAUAUGCUUUUCGCGUGAAUUAAAUCGGCUAUCGUCAGUUUCACUGGGUAACAAUAUACUGUAGGCAUUCAUACUGAAUCAAAAACAAUUUGGUUGUUUGAAAUUUUUAUCUGUAAAUUUUAAUGACACACAAUUGGAAAAUUAAAAAGCAAAAAAUUUUUCUGUUUGCAAAGCAAAAAUUUCCCGCCAGAUAAACGACAUCCGGCAUACCGGUUCAGAUACGGAAAAUACGGACCACGGUCCGGAUAUGGGUUUUUUUUUACGGACCGCUUGUCAACCAAUUAGAAUAGAUAAUUUUGAAAAGCCAUAUAAUAAAUAUAAUUAUCAACGAAGUUGUCUGUAGGCAUUAUCCGAUACAGUAAUGAUCCGGCCUUACGGAUGGAAAGCUUCUGAGUACACUACUCGCAUUACUCUAUUCUCAUACUAUUUAAAUAUGUUUUUAUGUAGGAAAAUUAGAGUCAAUUAUGAGUGCUUUUGUCCACCUUUCAUUUCAAAGUAACCAUUUACUAUGUUUCUGCAGAUAUGUCAACACUGGUUAUCUCAAUGCUUUUGGAAUUAUUUGGAUUGGGAGGAUAUUUGUGCGUAUGUCGUCAUUUGUUUGGCAUUGGGAAUCGAUUAUCAAGUAUGUAAACGUCGGUGUUUUAUCUUGAACAUUGUUGGACUCGUUUGAACACUGUGUUAGAUAAUGUUGACUGAUGUUGGAUCGUCCGACACUGUUGGACCAAUAAUUCCUUAAAAUAUUUCCGGGAAAGCGUAUCGAUGACAAUAUUAGAGAGAUUCAGAUUUGACUUCCACUACCUUUCACUGGCUUAGUGCGUAUCUUGAUUGGUUAAACGGAUAUUUCAAACGCAUCUAAUUGGUUAUUGGUCCCUUCAUGGUAGCUGUAGUAGGCUAGAAAUCAAGUCUGAACCUCUAUUAAUUAACUGGAUGUGAUUGGUUUAAUAUACCCGAAGCUAAAAUGAAAAUUUGCGAAGGGAAACAAAUAUGAAAAUGCAUUCAAUUUAACACAUUGACUCUCUUGUGUACAUCAAACGAGAGAAACGCGGUUGGGGAUAGUGGGCAAUGUUGUAACGAGUCACCAACAGGUGGAGUCACGAGUCGAGUCACCCAAAGGUCGAGUCACGAGUUGAGUCAUUUCACUAUCUGGUCGAGUCGAGUCAAAUAGUCGAUGACUUCACUCGAGUCGAGUCAAUGGCUACUCGAAUUGUGUGGGCAAAAAGGUGAACAAUAAUUUCCCUACAAGUGGAAACAUGCCUAUAUAUGCAUCGCGAGAAUUAUUUUUUAAUUCUUCAAGCCCUUUCAGGACUCUUCCCAACCUAUUCAACUAUUUUUUAUGAAUUUAUUCUGAACAAGUUGUAGCUGAGUUGAUUCGAGUCAUUUACGGCAGAAAUCAACGGCAGAAAUCAACAAGUUGAGUCCGAGUCGACUCAUUUGAGGCUGUUGACUCGAGUAGAGUUAUUUUUCGUAUUCGAGUCGAGUCGCCGAAAAUUGCGACUCGAGUCCUAGUCAAUGACUCGACUUGUUACAACACUGGUAUAGUGGGCAUUGCAUAUUACAUAAUAUGAAUUUUUUUAAUGUAAACUGCCUACCUUAAUUUUGUCCUCUAUCGAAUUUUGCUCAGCUGAUGCUCACCGACAAUUCUGUGGGCUUGCUGCGAUGGAUAAUGCAUGUCCCGUUUGCUUUGGAAUAGAGGUUUAACAGAGCUUAAAUAGUAAACCGCAACAUAAAAUGGGUGGUUGUAGAGUUAAAUCUUUUUGUGUUCAUGCAAUUUACGAAAAAUGUUAAAACUCCUUGCACAUCUUUUUCUUCAGGUUUACCUAUGCGUGGCUAUUUUACAUCACUUGCAAAGAGACAUUCUUCGUGAAACACAACGUCAACGUUUGGUGCUAUUCUUGAAGGUAAAUAUACAGUAGAGCGUUUGCACAUGACGUCACUGGUGUUCCAAUUCAAAAUAAUUUUAAUUCGACUCUUUUGUCGGAAACACCAACAUGGCCGCCAUGGCUUUUAUUGAGUUAGUCCCUGGGGAAUGAAUGCAAACGCUCUAUUACUAUUAGCGGCGAUUGUACAUUUACACAAUAUAAUAAUUAUAUGGGUCUUGUAGCUGGAAAUUAUCGAGUAGAAAUUUGUGUACAUUUAUUUUAUUUAUUUUACAAGUUUGCCAUUGCAAUAGAUCUAUAGAGUACUAUGGUUACAAAUGACUGGAAUUUCCACACAUGCAGAGAUAGUUCUCCAAUAACGGGGUUCCAAAAAAGAACAACUUAUGGUAUAUCUAAUUAUUUUAAAAUUAAAGCAAACAUAACAAUUAAACACAAAUACAAGAAGACAAAGCAAACGUAUUGACGAACAAACGAACAAAAACGCAACAAAAAAAUUAGCAUUUAUUAGACCUAACCAGAACUAAUAAAUUUCCACUUAAUAAUUUCCAUCUACAAGACCCUUCAACUAUUAUUGAAUCGAGUGAGGUGCCAACAAAAUCUCAAUAAUUAUAUAUGGUUGUCAUGAAUGUUUUUUAUUACGAUUCGUGCAGUUAUGGAGAAAAUAGAUAAAGCAAAUUAUCGACACUGAACUUAUAUGCACGUUUUCCACCGCUUUAAUUCCUUUAUGUUUGCAGGAAGGUCCAGUUCUGAACUUUGAACUGUCAGAGUACAUGGAGUUUAUGAUGGAUCUGCAACGACGCUAUCGUUCAACAAUUCUGAAGGAUUUACAAAACAUCACCAAGGCUUAAUAUUGCGUCAUACAAGAAACAUGCGUCAAACAUGCGCGUAUACACGCAUAGGCAGACCAAAAAUACGUGUAGAACAGCACCAAAUGAACCAAAUGUCAAUUUAUGAUUGGGCUUCCUAUGGUAUACACUCUUGAAAAUCUCACAUUUUAUUGUCAACACGUACUAAGUCAAUGUUCGCUAAACCAACGAAUAGUUACGAAUACAGAGGACAUGCAUGCUAUAUCCUCCGUACGCGGCUCGCCACCAAACUAUAUGAACAAGUUUUGCUUAGCUGAUUAUAACAAUUAAACAUGCAAUAAAACUAAAGAACGAUCCUGUGCCAUCUUGGCCAAAACAUAUAUAUGCAGAAGUUUUCGAAUACUUUAUUUUUCCCAGCUCACAAAUCUUUAUACGCAUUUCCCCCAAGAUUAUUAUCGAGUUCCUUGUAAAUAUAAUGUAUAAUAAUGUAAAAUAUUGUACAUGUAUUUAAAUAUAUUGUGAAUAAUUAUACAGAACAACGAAUCUAUUAUCAACUAUUAUCAACACUAAUUUCACAAGCGUGAAAACCGUACGCCUGUAAACGACAUUUUUAGCCAAUUUGUUAAAGUGCACAUGACACAAAAUUUUUCUGCCUUUUUUAUACAUU